UCUCCUCGCUUCCUGCAUUCCACUCCUCUCUCAAACCUCUCCUUCCUUCCUACAUUCCACUCCUCUUUCUCUCUCUGAAAGAAAUCCAUAGCAAAAUCUCUCCUGUCUUAAAUCUCCCUCAAACCUCUCCUCUCUUCCUACAUUCCUCUCUCUCUCUCUCUCUCAAACAAUGCUGCUACUCCCUCUCUUCAUACUCUGCCUCCUUCAGACUCCGAUACUCCCAUCCUUCUCUCUCAAUGAAGAAGGUCUCCUCCUCCACCAAAUCAAGCUCUCCUUCGACGACCCAUCCCAAGUGCUCUCCAACUGGGACGCACGUGACCCCACACCCUGCAACUGGACUGGAGUCACGUGCGACCCCUCCUCCCUCUCCGUCACUUCCCUCUCACUCCCUUCCUCUAAUCUCCUCGGCCCUUUCCCUUCCCUACUCUGCCGUCUUCCUAACCUCUCCUCCAUCUCCCUUCCCGACAACUACAUCAACGGCUCUCUUCCAUCCUCCAUCUCCACCUGUCUAAAUCUCCGUCAUCUAGACCUCUCCCAAAACCUCCUCGUCGGGCUGCUCCCUCCCUCCCUCUCUUCCAUUCCCAACCUCCUCUACCUCGACCUCUCUGCCAACAACUUCACCGGCUCAAUCCCUCGGUCCUUCGCCACGUUCCCACGCCUCCAGUCCAUCUCCCUCGUCGCCAACCUCUUGAACGACACAAUCCCGCCAUUUCUCGCCAAUAUCUCCUCUCUCAAGCAGCUCAAUCUCUCCUACAACCCUUUCAUUCCCUCCGAAAUCCCGCCCGAGUACGGCAACCUCUCCAACCUCGAGAUCCUCUGGCUCGCUGGAUCCAACCUCUACGGCCCCAUCCCAUCGUCGAUUGGCAACCUCAAGAAAUUAACGGACCUGGAUCUCUCCCUCAACAAUCUGAUAGGUCCCAUUCCGCAAUCCUUCACGGAGCUACCGAAUGCCGUCCAGAUUGAGCUCUACAACAACUCGCUCUCCGGUCCGCUCCCAAGCGGAAUGUCGAAACUGACAUCGCUCCGGAGAUUCGACGCGUCGAUGAACAAUCUCGAAGGGGAAAUUCCCGACGAGCUCUGCCGGCUGCCACUUGAGUCGCUGAAUCUGUACGAGAAUCUCUUCGAGGGAGGAUUUCCGGAGAGCAUUGCCCGCUCGCCCAAUCUCUAUGAACUAAGGCUCUUCAAUAACCGGCUGACCGGAAGCCUGCCGCAGGAUCUCGGCAGGAAUUCGCCGCUGCUCUGGGUCGAUCUUUCAGAUAAUCUGUUUACUGGAGAGAUUCCUCCGAGCAUCUGCGGGAUGGGCGUCCUCGAAGAGCUGCUUUUGAUAGAUAAUUCCUUAUCGGGGAGAAUUCCGGCGAGUCUUGAGCAAUGCCGGAGUCUGACCAGAGUCCGGCUGAAAGGCAACCGGCUGUCCGGCGAGGUCCCGGCCGGGUUCUGGGGCUUACCGCACGUGUCGCUACUGGAGCUUUCUGAAAACUCAUUAUCCGGCGAGAUAUCGACGGCCAUCGCUGGUGCGUCGAAUCUCUCGCUCCUGCUCAUUUCUAACAACGGAUUCACUGGCAGCAUUCCAGUGGAGAUUGGCUCUUUGGAUAAGCUGGUCGAAUUCUCUGGCAGUAAUAAUCAGCUUUCUGGCCCAAUCCCGGCGACCGUCCAGAACCUGGAUCAGCUCGUUAGGCUCGAUCUUCACAGCAACCAUCUCUCAGGUGAACUCCCGGCAGAAAUAAAAUCAUGGGAUAAGCUCAGUGAGUUGAAUCUCGCAGACAAUGAGCUCACGGGAAGAAUUCCAAGGGAAAUCGGGGAAAUGCCGGUGCUUAACUACCUCGACCUCUCGGGAAACCACCUCGUAGGCGAAAUCCCGAUUGAAAUGCAGAAUUUGAAGCUCAACCGUUUCAAUUUCUCAAACAACCAUCUAUCUGGGAGCCUCCCACCCCUCUUCGCCAGUGAAAUCUACAGAGAGAGCUUCUUGGGUAAUCCAGGCUUGUGUGGGAGUAUGAUUGGGUUGUGUCCUGAUUCGGGCAGAAGUGCAGCUAAGAGCCUCGGGCUUAUCUGGUUGCUCCGAUCAAUCUUUAUUCUUGCGGGUGUUGUUCUUGUUGUUGGGGUCGGUUGCUUCUACUGGCGGUACCGGAGUUUCAAGCAGGCAAAAAUGGGCAAUGACAGAUCGAAAUGGACGCUAACAUCUUUCCACAAAUUGGGUUUCAGUGAAUAUGAAAUCUUGGAUUGCCUCGAUGAAGAUAAUGUGAUCGGAAGCGGAGCAUCUGGGAAGGUCUAUAAGGCCGUUCUUAGCAACGGGGAGACGGUUGCCGUGAAGAAGCUUUGGGGGACUUCGAAGAAAGGCGGGGAUGAAGAUGUAGAAGAUGGAAGGCGGCGGAUUUCAGAUGAUGGGUUUGAAGCGGAAGUGAAUACGUUAGGCAAGAUCCGGCAUAAGAACAUAGUGAAGUUGUGGUGUUGCUGCACGACGAGGGAUUCCAAGCUUCUGGUCUAUGAGUACAUGCCCAACGGGAGCUUGGGCGAUCUGCUGCAUAGCUGCAAGGGAGGACUGUUGGAUUGGCCGAUGAGGUUUAAGAUUGCAGUCGAGGCGGCUGAAGGGCUCUCAUAUCUACACCAUGAUUGCGUGCCUCCGAUCAUUCACAGAGAUGUGAAGUCAAAUAACAUACUGUUGGAUGGGGAGUUCGGAGCACGCGUGGCGGAUUUUGGGGUCGCAAAAGUGAUCGGGAAGGGGCCUAAUUCGAUGUCUAUGAUCGCCGGUUCAUGCGGCUACAUUGCACCAGAGUAUGCAUAUACACUCAGGGUCAACGAGAAGAGUGACAUAUACAGCUUUGGAGUGGUUAUUCUAGAGCUAGUAACAGGGAAGCGCUCGGUCGACCCAGAAUUCGGAGAGAAGGACUUGGUGAGGUGGGUUUGCACCAAUUUGGAACAGAAAGGGAUGGACCACAUCAUUGAUCCCAAGCUCGAUAUCUCCUUCAAGGAAGAGAUGUGCAAGGUUCUAAGCGUUGGGCUUCUCUGCACCAGCCCCCUCCCCAUCAACCGCCCAUCGAUGCGUAGGGUGGUCAAGAUGCUGCUCGAGAUAGGCCUUGGUUGCAAGCCAAGGCUGGAGAAAGGGAAGAAGGAUGGAAAGCUCACACCAUACUACUUGGAGGAAGGUUCCAAUGAGGGAAACCUUGUUUGAAGCCAGGUUGUGGCCAUUCAUGUUUUGUGUUUGGCUGAUGGGGGGAAGUUAAUGGAGGGUAACUGAGACGGGCUAGACUACAAUGCGUGUGCUUCAAUUCACUGAGCUAUGUGGGCCCACCUAACAUACACAUGGGCCCACUUUUUUGGAUUGAGCAUGUCUCGAAAAUCACAUUGAUCAGAUCAUGAACCGGUUUCUUCUGAACUGUUUAUUUGUGGUCCAUUAUUUGAAUGGUUAAUGGUAACUCAUGCUUUAUCCAUUGUGAGGCCCAUUAUUUGGACAGUCCAGAUUCGCAUGCAUGAAUGCCAUAUUUGAAUGGAUUAGAUGUUCAUGGCACAUUGACGUCUAGCCCAUUAGAGAGAUAGAUACAUGUGGGGUGUAGAAAUGAAAUGAAAUCCUUCUACAGUUUUCAUUUAUUACAGUUUGAAUUUCCAUAGUAAAAUACGAGCUCACUGCCCAAUGGCUAGUAGUGAUAUUAUGUUACAGCUAGUUAUUGUGAAAACAUAGGGACUUGUGUCCUCUUAUUUUGAAAUAUGAAAAGUCCUACAUUUGGUUUA